AUGCCUCCAAAGAAAGGUGCAGCCCGACCAGCACAGGAGAACGUCUCCUUGGGUCCUCAAGUCCGAGAGGGUGAACUUGUCUUCGGCGUCGCACGAAUCUUCGCAUCCUUCAACGAUACCUUCGUACAUGUUACCGAUCUUUCUGGCCGCGAAACCAUUUGCCGAGUUACUGGUGGCAUGAAAGUCAAGGCCGAUCGCGACGAGUCUUCUCCAUACGCUGCCAUGUUGGCUGCUCAGGAUGUCGCUGCUCGAUGCAAGGAGCUAGGCAUUACUGCUUUGCACAUCAAGAUCCGAGCUACUGGUGGCAACGGCACAAAGACCCCGGGUCCAGGUGCUCAGUCUGCUCUCCGAGCUCUAGCUCGAUCAGGAAUGAAGAUUGGCAGAAUUGAGGACGUCACACCAACACCAUCUGAUUCUACACGAAGAAAGGGUGGUCGUCGUGGUCGUCGUCUGUGA